GAUUACAACAAACGAUUUUGUUCAAAACAUUUGUAACCACAACAAUCGUCAUCGUAGGAAAUUUUCAGAAAAUCUCUUAUGCGUUUAUUGUGGGAGGGAGGCGAAAAACUUUUCCGUUUAUUAAAAUCUGCAGCCAAAUUUUGCAACACAAUUGUUACAUUAACAACAAUUGAACGCACCACCAUCAACAACAACAAAAAGGAAAGAGCAAAAGACGAUAAAGAAGAAGCAGAAGCAGCUGCAGGCCAAUUAGUUUAUGAGCAAAGCACAAAGAAGACACAGGCAAGCAACCAAAAGAAGAAGAAGCUGAUACAAAAGAAACUACGCACACGCUUACAUAUUUGCCCGCUGCAUAGCAUGGCAAAGAUAAAGUUUUGUGCCAGGGAAACUUUCGCACAAUGAGGCUGUGGAAUUGAAACGCUUAAAAUGCCGCUUGACGUUUACAUGUUUACAAAAGUAAAUUAUGCUUUGGAAUCGAAAAAGGAA